UAUUACCGCCAUUUAUUGCUCAUUAUCCACUUUGAAAAGUAACUUCCGCCUCGAUUGGUCACCUGCCAAGUGGUUCUAGAUGUUCUUUAAGGGAGUAGAAGUUGUAUUCCGACCCGAUGUGUUUGGACGCUUCAUGCGUAAAUUCAUGCGUAAACACAACUUUCACACUAAAUUACCAUAUCGCAUUUUUCCUGUCAUGGGAGUCACGGUAUCUUCUAACAGAGAUAAGAAGGUUGUUGUGGGUAGAAAAACUGUCCCUGAGCCAUCGUUUGCCAGUUUUUCUACAACUGGGACGCUGACUACGGAAACGGGAGAAGGAACAUUUGCAGAAAGCUCCACCAUGAUUGAGGUUAAUGUGGGCCAAUAUGAUGACUGCCUGCAAGAUGGAAG